AUGCUGUCAGCCCCCCAAGCACAGGCGUCCCUCACCUGCGCGUCCACCCUGGGCAGACUCCCUGCCUCCGUGCCGCAGCUGCGGCUUGUCACCCCGGGGCCAAUGGCAGCACCCAGCUGUGCCCAAGAUGUCUCCGCAGUGAAGAGGGCGUGGAGGGCCCGGGAGGAGGAGGACCCUGCCCUCACAGGGCCCCCAGAUGCUCGGAGAAGGUGCGCUAGAGGUGCCGGGGCAGCACGGUCGGCAUUCAGGCCCUUCGGGGCGGACAGAAGCCUGUGUUCCUUCGUGCCCAGGCCUGGGCCUCUGCACAGAAGCCUCCCCGCAGAGAGAGCAGCCGACGCAGCAGACAAGAAGUCCCACACGUCCAGCAGGAGCUCGUGCCGCACUCGAAAUGCCAUCAGCAGCUCCUACAGCUCCACCAGGGAGUUCCCGUCCGUGCAGAGGAGGAGGGGUCCAGCCAGAAGACAGGGCCGGCUGCCCCCGAGGCCCCCAGAGAAAGUCAGCCGAGACAGCCCCUCGUGUCCCGCUGCGCCUGCUGUGCCUUGCCAGAUGAAGGACCAGCGCCAGGAGGAGGCGGGUGCCACCACGGGGCAGAAAGAACCCUGCAAGGACCGCUCACCCACAUCUGACUGCUCCAGGCCCCGAAGACGCAAGAUCCCUCUGCUGCCACACAGGCCAGGGGGUCCUGUGCGGCUGCCGCCAGCCCCUGAGCUCGGCUUUCGAGUCACCGCUGAGGACCUAGACGGGGAGAAGAAAGCCGCCCUCCAGCGCAUCGACCGUGCUCUGCGAGGGGAGAUGGAGGGCGUCUCGAGGUGCGGCUCCGGGUGCCCUCCCGGUGCCUUGCCCUGGCCUGCUGCACGGGCCGUUGUACUGCCAGCUGUCCCUCCAGCCCCUGGCCUGAGUGCACAGCGGGCGGAGCAGGACUCCCCGGGUCCCCUGGCUGUCCUGUCGCCUGCUGCUGCAGAGUCCCUGCGCCCCUCCAGGGUGAAGCGCGGCAGGCACUGCCCUCGGAUGGGAGGCGAGGGAGGGGGCUCUCUGCCAACCAAGGACUGGGUCAGCGGUUUACCGGAUGCCAGCUGUGCCUUCCCCACUGUUACCAGCACCUCCAGAACGCAGUGCCCUAGCCCCAUGUGUGUUGACUGUCCCGUGUUCAGCUCCCGGAGCUCCCCUCCCGCCGUGGGGCCUCGUGCCCCCACUUCCAGGAGCCUGCCGGUCACUUGUGCUGUCCCUUCCAGCCCCUCAAGCGGCACAUCCGCAGGCUUGGCUCCCCAGCCAGCCUCUGACGGCCAGGUCACCCCCAUGGACUGCACUCCCCCUUGCCAGCCUCUGCUCUUGGGGUCUCCCCCUGGCUCUAGUGGGAGCUUCUUUCCAUCUGCCCGGGCCUUUCCGAUGCCCUCCAGAGACAGCAUGGGCUCAGGCAGAGCCACCACUGGCCUGCACACGCUGGGGCUGUGGAGCCCCAGCCCACCUGGGAACCGUCCCCGUGGGAACCCAGGAACCCCAGCUCAGCCCACAUUCGGGGCCACUGACGGGCAGUGUCAGGGAGCCACCAGCCUUGGCAGCGCUGCCCCCUAUGGACAACGGGCAGCUCCAGCCUCAACCGCAGCCCCGGCCCUGACCUUGGCUCUAGGCCAGCUCUCCUUGGGCAGCGCCACACAGGUGGCUUUCGGGGGUUCCUGGCCCACAUCCUGCAGCUCGGGGACCCAUGCUGGCACCCAGCCAGGCGUGGCUGCCACCCCAGCUGUCGUGCCCCCCGGCACGGCCACCGCCCCUAGCUCCAUGACCAAUGCUGGGCCCAACAGCCGGCAGCCCUGCCCAAUAGCUGGCGGCUCAAGCCUAGCCCCCUUGAGCUUGGGGGUUGCCGCAGCCCCCGCAGGCUUGGGGAGGCGACAGGCUGCCCCAGGUCGGAAGCGCAGCUUUGGAGCUCUCAGCGUUACACCACAAACGAGCGGGGCCCCGAGCGGCACACACCGCUCUGGGGACAGCUUGGGCCCGAACGCCCGGGGCCACCCUUGCGGGAGCACCCCCAUCACCACCGUCCGAGCCAGCACUCAACACAACCCUGUGUCUGGAGGCCCGAAAGCCCCUCGUGUAAGUCCCAGCCCGAGGCACCUAGCGGCUCAGAGGCCCCCGAGGCCCAGCCCGGAGCCCAGCAGCACUGCCAGCGAGGCCACCUGCAGGGCCGCGUGGGUCCCGGGCCCUACUCCUCCCGGCGCUGCCUCUGUGCUGAGCACAGCCAGGAGCAGCCCUGCCAGGACGAGCCCCUCGUCAGCUGCCCAGGGCUGGGGGAGUCGCAAAAGAGCUGCGCCGGGCCACAAGUCAUUUGCCUCCGCCUCGCAAUCCACUCUUUUGGGGUCUAGGAGGAAAAUGCGGGCCUGA